CUCUUGUGUCCGGAGCGGCCGCGGACGUGGGCGCAGGCCCGGGGGUGGCCUCCGCGCCCGGGCGUGGCGGCGGGUCGGGCUGCGCGCGGCUGAGGGUCUCUGCAGAGCAGCCUCCGGCCGCGGCCGCGCAGAACGGAACCGUUUUCCUGGCACGGAGGCACGAGAGUUUGUGUCGAUGGUCACUUGGGCAGCGGUGGCCAGGGGAGUGGAGAGGAGCCUGCCGACUGUCCCCAGGGGCAGUCAGAAUGGGCCCCACGGACAAACAGAGCCCCUCGACACUGCCGGGCCCCAUAGGAGGGCUGUGCCUCCUGCUCCUCCUCCUCCUCCUCUGCCUGCGCCUGGGUGCCUCCUGCCCCCAGAGCUGUCAGUGCCCUGACCACGCUGGGGCUGUGGCUGUCCACUGCAGUGCCAGGGGCCUGCAGGAGGUCCCCAAGGACAUCCCUGUGGACGCCGUGCUCCUGAAGCUUGAUGCCAACAAAAUCGCCCGCAUCCCCAAUGGCGCCUUCCAGCACCUGAGCCAGCUGAGAGAGCUGGACUUGUCUCAGAACGCCAUCGAGUCCAUCGGCCCCGCCGCCUUCUCCGGCCUGGCUGGGGGCCUGCGGCUGCUGGACCUGUCCCACAAUCACAUCCGGAGGAUUCCGAAGGACGCACUGGGCAAGCUCAGCGCCAAGAUCCGCCUGUCACACAACCCCCUGCACUGCGAGUGUGCCCUGCAGGAGGCCCUGUGGGAGCUGAAACUGGACCCCGACUCUGUGGACGGGAUCGCCUGCCACACCUCGGUGCAGGAGGAGUACGUGGGGAAGCCACUGAUCCAGGCUCUCGACUCUGGCGUCAGCUUCUGCAGCUCCCACCGCAAGACCACGGAUGUGGUCAUGCUGGUCACCAUGUUCGGCUGGUUCACCAUGGUGAUCACCUACGUCGUGUACUAUGUGCGCCAGAACCAGGAGGACGCCAGGAGGCACCUGGAGUACCUCAAGUCCCUGCCUAGCACCCCUGUGUCCAAGGACCCCAUCAGCCCCAUGCCCUAGUGCCCAUCUCCAUCGCUUGGCAGAAGACGGUUACUGGCUCAUGCUUCGAUGUCCGCCGCCGCGGUGGAUGAUCGCAGCCACUAGGCACUUCUGUGCCUCACUCUCACAGAGCGCUUCCUUCCCUGUAUGGUGUUUAGUUGUUUCAACUUCCUUUCAGUCAGAUAAUUUUACCAUCAGACUCAUUUGACAGACAAGGAAACCAAAACUUCGAGACAUGGAAUGACUUGCCCAGGAUGACACAGUCAGGAAAUGACCCAGGGGCACUUAAGCCAGGCUGUCCAUAUGAUGCUCUGUGUCAGGAUGUCCUUUCCACUCCGCACGCCUCCCCCCGUGCCUGGAGGAGAAAGGACUCGUGCCCGUGAGUGUGAGACCUGCCCGCGGCCGUCUGGAACUCGGAUCCUUCUGUUGAAGGCACAGAUAAUCCAUACACUGCAGAACUUACUUGCCUCUGUUUCCCUACUGGUAUUUACGGAACACACUUGACCACAGAAUUCUUUACAGAGCAAGGUGGUGGAGACCAGGGUGUUUUAGAUAGGUAAGUGAAAGGUGCAGCCCAAAUAGAACCUUAGAACUACUUGGUUUAUUCUCAGAAUGUCUGUUAUCCCAAAAUUUCAGUGCAGUGAGAGGGAAAAGAACCCCACCCGCCAAGCCCCCCAAAACCAUGGAGAGAAACCCAAGGAAGGUCCAGAGUAGAUCAUCAAAGGGGCAGUGUCGGCAGCCAGACAAAGUGGCCCCACCCUGCCUCCUGCUGAGCCAUCGGUGCCGGCUCUGGGACCCGGCAUCCUGGGCUGCUACCCUGCAGUGCCUUUCUGCCUUCAGACCCAACGGCAGCUCCUUGUCAAAGGACCCGGCCUGGUGUUGGGCCUCCAAGGCCCGUGGGCAGGGCCUUCCUCCUCUGCAGCAGCAGGCCCUCCCUCUCUUCCUCUCCCUCUCUCUCCACCUUUGCUGCCAGGAAUCUCCGAGCCCAUUUAGCGCUCAAGUUUCUUACCUGUUAUUUCACGUUCAGGGUAGAUGUUACCUCCACCUAUAUAACUCUGAUCUGUCUUUCCAGUUUUAUUUUUUACUGUCUUUUUUUGUAUGAGUGUUUGUAUUUUAAACUACUUCAGAUAUUCUAGGGGGAAGCAAAUAGGAAUAAACUGCUUGUGAACGAA